AUGCCGCAAAUCGAAGGCCUGGCGGGCGAGGCUGACUUCAACCCCGCGUCGCCGACCACGAAGACGCCGCUCUCCCGCAUGGCACGGCUCUUCCGAAAGGGUACUUCAGCCGUGGUCCAAGACGAUGCCCACUACCAGCGCUGCGAGGACCUGCAGAAGGAGGAGAAGCACAUCCUCAGACGAUUCUGGAUCCUACUCUUCGUCACUGCAAUCCUCUCGAGCUCUUUGUCUUUCCUCAUCGACCGCUUCACCUACGGCACGGGGCUCCUGCGCUCCACGCUGACCCUCGGCGCGCCGCUCAAGGCCUUGGGCUUCAACGUGGGCAUGGCCUGCCUCGCGCGGCUCAUCGUCCGACCGACGGUGGAGGCGGAGGGCAGCGGCUUCCCGGAGAUGAAGGCCAUGCUCUUCGGGAAGGUCCUCUUCAACUUCCUCACCUUUCGCGUGCUGGUGUCGAAAGCCUUGGCUUUGUCCCUGGGAGUGGGCGCCGGCCUCCCGCUUGGCAAGGAAGGCCCCAACGUGCACAUGGCGGCCUGCAUCGCUCGGGUGAUCCACCCCUCCUUCUUCGAGAAGCGAGUGCAGAGCUCCCACGGGGCCCAUGGAGCCGGAGGGAGCGGCGUGGGCUCGGCCGUGUCGAAGCUCCUCCUGGCCGCCUGCGCCGUGGGCGUGGGGGCCUCCUUCAGCGCCCCCAUCGGCGGCGUGAUCUUCUCCUUGGAGCUGAUGCUGCCACAGACCUACGAUGCCUUCGCUUACUGGGGCUGCUUUACGGCCGGCAUCGUCGGCGCAAUCACCUACGCCGUGGAGAGGACUUUGACCACCGGAAGCGCAAGCCUGCUGCCACUGAUAAGUUCCAACGUGCUGCCCGGCGAGGGCUCCGACACGGACUUUCCGCUCCUGCGCUUGGCGGUGGACAUUUUUCUAGGCCUGCUCUGUGGCCUGGCUGGCGGCCUCUGGGUGCGCUCCCACUCCUACGUCGCCGGCGUUCUGAAGCGCUGGCGACUGCGGGAAGGGGAGCCCUUGAAGGCCGCUAGUGGCCAAGGAGAGCCGCUGCUUGGGCAGGGCCGCCCCUCUGGCCCGGGCUGCCUGAAGCGCUGCUUCCUGCGGAUGUUGGGAGGCAAGUGGAGAGACUUGGCGCUGGUGGCCAGCGUCACAGCCCUGAACACCGUGUUGGCGUCCUCUCUGCCCCUGCUGGGAGGCAAGCCGCAGCCGCUGUUGAUCUCCACGAUCUUCGACAAGACUUUGAUGCAGAAAGAUCCCGAAGCCUGGGUCCUCCCCUGGGCCGGCGUGGCUGGGACCCUGGCGCUCUGCUUUUUGAUGAAGUGGUGCAUGACCAUUCUCGCCUUGUCCUCGGCCAUCCCCGCGGGAGUGGUCGCCCCAACGAUGAUCAUCGGCGGUCUGCUCGGACGCGUCUACGCCCACGUGCUCCUGCCGGACUGGUUCGUCGAUCUUCUUCUGAGCAAGGAUGGCCUUCCCCCUUCGGAGUUGCAGCGCGGCGCCUUCAUGGCCCGCUGCGGCAUCGUCGGUGCCAGCGCCUUCUGCGCGGCCGUCUGUCGAGCCUUCGCCAUGGCCAUCACCGUCUUCGAGGUCUUGGCCUUGCCGAACUCCGUGCUGCCGCUCUGCAGCUCCGCGCUCACCGCGAUCUUCGUGGCGAACAAGGUGUCCCUGCCCUUCUUCGAUGCAAACUUGGCGACGCGGAACCUGGGCGGCAUCCCAGCCAUCACCUUCACGGACAAGGCCAUCGAGCCCGUUAUGAAAGUGAUGACCGUCGCUGACAUGAGCGAAUGUUUGCCUCAGAUGCUGACGCUGCGGCACCUGCUGCACGUGCUCACCAGCACGAAGCACGACUUCUUCCCCAUCGUCCGGCCGCUGGCCUGGGACGUUUCUGACAAGGGCCUGCUGGAGGGGACCAUGACUCGGAAGAACGUCGAGCGGCUGGUGACGAUGCUCGAUCCCAGAGGCGAGACGCCCGACCGGGAAAUCGAUCUCAUGGAUCCACAGUUCCAGGCACCUCCAGACGGUAGCGAGGCCCUGGUGGAGGGCUCCCCGGUGCGCGUCUCGCCGGAUUGCACCGUCAAGGAUGUGUACCUCUUGAUGAAGGUUGCCGAGAGCGAUGGAGUGGUCUACGUCACGGAUCGUGGCCUCCUGCAAGGCCACAUCACCCUCAGCACGCUCAUGAGCCGCGAGAUCUGA